GCGUUUAUUCGUGCUAGUCUGAUCUGAGCUUAGUGUUCUUUUUGGUUCUCGGCGAAGGCUUUCUGGGCCUGUCAAUCCAAUUUGGUGGGAAGGUAAAGCAGAUUUCGAUUUCUCUUCAUCAUCGUCUUUCCCCAGAAUCUCCCGAGAGCGUAGGGGUGUUCAUAGAGAUGGAUCCGGAUACGGUUAAGUCGACCUUAUCCAAUCUCGCAUUCGGCGGGGUCAUGGCCGCCGCUGCCAGAGAUUAUCAGAAGGAAAUUCUUGCAAAAGAAAAGGCGCAAACUUCAGCUCCCGUCAAUGAAGAGAUCGAUCUUGAUGAACUGAUGGAUACUUUGCUUGCUCAUGUUCUGCAGGAUCCUGAGCUAGAAAAAUUGCACGCCGAUAGGAUCGCAGCUCUUAAGAAAGAAGUCGAGAAACGUGAGGCGUUAAAAAGGCAAGGACACGGAGAAUACCGAGAGAUAAACGAGGGUGACUUCUUGGGUGAAGUCACUAGGAGUGAGAAAGUGAUAUGUCAUUUCUACCACAAGGAAUUCUACCGUUGCAAGAUAAUGGACAAGCAUCUUAAAGCCCUAGCACCAAGGCAUAUGGACACAAAGUUCAUCAAACUGGAUGCAGAGGUGCAUCUCUGCCUUUAUGAACAUCGUAUGCUGUUAAUGUCAAGCUUUGUACUUAAAAGGGCGAAUCUAAUGAUUGUCAGAAAGGGAGUCGCAAUGGAUAGGCUGGUCGGGUUUCAGGAUCUGGGUGCUAAAGAUGAUUUCAGCACAAAGACACUGGAGAACCUUCUGAUUAAAAAAGGUUUUCUUAGUGAGAAGAAAGAAGAUGAAGAUGAUAAUGAAGGUGAAUAUAGAGAGGACACUCGCCGGUCAGUUAGGUCAUCGGUUAAUAUCGAUUCUGAUUCCGACUGAUCUGCAGUUGAGAUUGCAAUUCUGUUUUUGUAUCUUUGCUGCCGUUUUCUUUAUUUCCAAGUCAAAUUUUUGUUUUUUUGCCCAAAGCUCGGAACCAUGAAUAUUUUUGGUUGAACAAGUAAUGAACCAUAGCAGAGGCUAUAUUGAUA